GGCGCGGUCUGGGCGGGGCUGAGCACAGGCACUUAAGGCAAGAGGAAGCCACAUGCUUCCUGAGUCGCCCACAAACUAGAGCCCAACUCUAGUGUCUCUCGGCUUGCACAAGUCAACCAUGUCUGGGGCAUCUUCCAAGAGCCUGGGGAAAGGAAGCUCGCCUCCGGGUCCGGUGCAGGAGGGCCUGAUUCGCGUCUACAGCAUGAGGUUCUGCCCUUUUGCCCAGAGGGCUCUGAUGGUCCUGAAGGCCAAGGGAAUCAGGCAUGAAAUCAUCAAUAUCAACCUGAAAAACAAGCCCGAGUGGUUCCUCAAGAAGAACCCGGCUGGGCUGGUGCCAGUUCUGGAGGACAGUAAGGGUCGCCUGAUCUCCGAGUCUGUCAUCAUCUGUGAGUACCUGGAUGAGGCGUACCCAGGGAAGAAGUUGUUCCCAGAUGACCCUUACGAGAAAGCUUGCCAGAAGAUGAUCUUAGAGUCAUUCUCCAAGGUGCCACCUUUGGUUGGAAGGGCUAUUAGGGGGAAGAAGGAAGACCAACCUGACAUAAGGGAAGAACUCAGGAAGGAGCUCCGCAAGCUGGAGGAGGCUAUGACUACGUAUAAGGAAGACUUGUCUGUUCGGGAUGCUGUCCCUAUGACUGAUUAUCUUAUGUGGCCUUGGUUUCAACGGCUGGAAGUACUGGAACUCAAUGAGUGUUUAGCCCACACCCCAAAACUUAAGGGCUGGAUGGCUGCCAUGAAGAAAGACCCUACAGUAUUGUCCCACUUAAUUGAUGCCAAGACCUAUCAUGGAUUCUUAAAUCUCUACCUACAGGACAGCCCUGAGGCCUGUGACUAUGGGCUCUGAAGGGCAGGAGUCUUCAGAAAUCAUGGCCAUCAUGGGUAUACCUGCACAAUAAAGACAGACAAUGCUCCAGCAUAUGUCUCCAAGAAAGUGAAACAGUUUUUUGCUUAUUAUAAUAUAAAGUGUAUUACAGGUAUACCAUACAAUCCUACAGGGCAUGCUGACAUAGAAAGAGCAAAUUGAAUUUUAAAUGAUUUGCUAAAUAAACAGAAAUGGAUGAUAAAAAACCUA